AUGUCUCUGCAGCUCCAGUUUGAAGUCACCACCGGCGCAAUCAUCUCCGUGCAUGUUGUACGCGAGCUCCUCAAGGCAUGUCAAGAGGAUGACCUGCAACCUCUCACAAUGAGCAGCCUGGAAUCCUUCGGCCAAUGGCUCGCUAUUGAUCGCGAUCGCUUAUCCCAGGGGGAGGAUGCUCUAGGUGAGAGCUCCGAUAAAAGUCGCGUGGUUCGAUUCGCAAACAAAGUGUUUCUGGGGACGCAUAGCCAAGGCAUCAUUAGCCAAGUGCGCAAGAACUGGCACCUUACGGCCUCCUUUCUCUUCGUCUGCACUUGUACCACUUUAGAUCAGCAACAGACGGCGGAAUUGGUGCACGAACUCCUGAGACUUACUGGCGCAGUAGAUCGCAAUGGAACUUCAAGGAAUGACGUGACGAAAUUCGUCGAGAGGAUUGCGGGAUGUGGGAGCUUCCUCCCAGGUGAAUCACCAUCGGACGUCCAUAAUAUGAUUGCUUCAUCUGCUGUGUCAGCUGGACUGUGGAGAGAGACUCCCGGGGUGUUCGAUCCUGUGGACAUGGUUCAGACCGCCCAGCUACUCUACGAAGUCUUUGGAGCCAUGGCAGAUCAAAAUGUCAAGCACGUUAUUCUGAAAGGAGGCGUCGGAUGUGUGUGGUUAGCCUCGCUGUUGAGUUGGUUGCGGCCGCGUGAAACAGUCAUAUUGGGGCCGCGAAAGAACCAACUCUACCCAAAAACGAGAGAAGCGAACGCCGAAAAUGCAGAUCGACUGUGUGUUAUAUUGGAGAGUGACUCAAGGCACCCUUACGGCUGCUGGACUGUUGAGCAAUGGAAGUCAGCGCCAGAUGAGAAACUCUCUGAGCACACGGCCAAAGCGUUUUCAUUGCCCGCUGAAGUCAGCGAGAAGUUGUAUAUCAUGGCAAAUUGCGGACCCAGGAGCGGAAGAAGCAGUCGGGAUUCUCGCAUCAGUGCUGGUGACACUGGCCGUGGAAAGAGGGAUAAUACUUGA